UGUUUGAAAUUCUAAUACAGGAUCAUUAUAUCCCACAACAAAUUCUCAAUUUUAAAACCAAAGCAUAACCAGAGGAUAAUUAUCCAGAGAAUCCUGAUGAAGGGUGCUGGAAAAGACUGUUUACUCUUUUCCAUAGAUGCUGCCCGGCCUGCUGAGUUUCUCCAGCAUUUUGUGUGCAUUGCAGUGGAUAAUUAUGUUACUUUAAAUUCCUUGAAAAGAACCCAAAUGUGAUGAUGAAUUACAGAGUAUAUAAUCGGCACUGUGGAAUGAAUGCCACCCAAAGGAUAUAGCUGUUGUUUAGAAACUGCUGAUAAAAGUGAAUCCAGGAUAAAAAAUGUGGCAAGGGUAUCUUUUUAACUGUAGGGUAAGGGCUGCAGAAAGAAGAAGGAACUGCUGUCUACCUGAAUUAGAAAAUCACUUCAAUAUUGGCAUGACAGUCAACAUCUCAGUUUGAGAAGUAUUUUCUUCAGAACAAGAGCCACUGAUGUAUUCUAAGCUUGAACUUUUUAGAAAAGGAUUGCAAUAGAAAUCAAAAAAUAGAAACUGAUCUAGUGAAUACAGUAAAGAAGGCGAGGUAAGUUCCAUGAUCUUCUAAAACCUACUUGCUUUAUUCUUGCGUGAUUUACAGCAGUUGAAUGGACUAUUGUGAAGAGACUCGUUUUGCCAGUAGCUAUAACCUAGUUAUUAAUGUGUUUAAAAUCCGGGCCCAACAGAAGUCAUACUUUGCACCACCAGGCUAUCCUGCAACACCCAUUAGGCACAGCCGCCGCCUCUGGGCCUCCACGACCUCGCCGAGAGGCUGCCGGGAUGGCGGCGCCCGUGGCUCCGCUGCUGGGUUUACUGAGGAGGCCGAGAGUCUUGUUUACGGCACCGGGGAGAGCUGAUACCCGCGUCUGGAGCCGACGGAAAAGCGGCGGGAGCGUUUUGCAGCUUCACCAGCGAGGCCUUUUCAAGGACGUGUUCCCGGCGACAGGCGGGCUGCAGCAACUGCUCUCCGCCGGCGCGCAGAGCGUGUACUGCGGCUUCGACCCCACAGCCGACAGCCUGCACGUCGGCAACCUGCUGGCUCUCGUCGGGCUGCUGCACCUCCAGCGAGCCGGCCACCGCGUCCUGCCGCUGCUGGGGGGAGCCACGGCUCGGCUGGGCGACCCCAGCGGCCGCAGCAGCGAGCGAGAGGCGGUGAGCGCGGACAAGGUGCGGGAGAACGCCCGGAGCAUCCGGGAGGGGAUCCUCGGCGUCUUCCGCAACCACCGCGCCUGCUUCUGCAGCGAUGCCGAGGCCGCAUCCUUGGGCCCAGUCAGCGUGGUCAACAACUCGGACUGGUAUGAGGGCAAGGAAGUGGUGGAUUUCAUCGACACCGUAGGGAGGCACUUUCGUAUGGGCACCAUGCUGAGCAGGCACAGUGUGCAGUCCCGCCUUAAGAGCCCCGAGGGGAUGAGCUUAACCGAGUUCACUUACCAAAUGUUCCAAGCGUACGAUUUUUAUUACUUAAAUCAACACCAUGGCUGUAGGAUUCAGCUGGGAGGGAUGGAUCAACUCGGCAACAUUAUGUCCGGAUACGAAUUCAUUAGCAAGGUGACUGGACAGGACGUCUAUGGCAUCAUGGUACCACUUGUAACCAGUGCAUCAGGAGACAAACUGGGGAAAACUGCAGGAAAUGCGCUAUGGUUAAACAGAAACAAGACUUCGCCCUUUGAACUCUAUCAGUACUUUGUCAGGCAGCCGGAUUCACAUGUGGAAAGAUAUCUGAAACUUUAUACCUUUAUCCCACUUCCUGAGAUUGAAAGCAUCAUGGUCAAUCACAACAUAGAUCCAGGAAAGCGAAUUGCUCAAAAACGACUAGCAGCAGAAGUCACAAAAUUGGUCCAUGGAAAAGAAGGAUUAGAAUCUGCCAAAAGAUGUACGAAUGUGCUCUAUCAUAACAGUGUGGAUGCUCUGGAGACCAUGUCGGAUGAAGAACUAAAAGAAUUGUUUAAAGAAGCAUCAUUCUCUGAGAAUCUGCUUGAGCCAGGUACAACAGUGCUGGAUCUUUGUCGCAAAGCCAACGCUAUUCCAGAUGGCCCCAGAGGGUACCAGAUGAUCAUGGAUGGUGGGAUUUGGAUUAAUCACUUACGAGUGACGAAACCAGAACAAGUGCUGGUUUUAAAGCAACAUAUUCUGACAAAUGGACUGUCAUUGCUAAGAGUCGGAAAGAAAAAUUAUCAUAUUGUGAAAUGGCUCAAUCUGAUAACUUAGUCGCUGAAGUUCAUGGUUGUUAUAUUGUCAUUGUUAUAAGUGGUAUGCAGAAUGAAACAUUUGGUGCUGUAUGUUUUCCGCACUGAGGUAAAUGUGAGUAAGCAACAGAGACCUGAAGAUGCAAACUUGAUCGCAAUGUGCUAAAUUAGAAUAAUGCUAGAGUGCUUCUGAGUCAGGGUUAUACAGUAAAGUUAGAUUUGUAUAUUAGUUACUAAUUGACAUCUUUAAUCAAGUUGUAAAAUAAACCUUAAAAUUGAAUUCUCUGAAUGGGUGGUGGCACUGAUUUAGAAUUGGAAAACAUACUUUCUCAAACUUGUGUAUUUGUGAAAUCAGUUCUUGGGAUUACAUACAGCCAUGUACUAAAUGCAUCCACUGUACUAUGUACAGACAUUUAUUCUCACUGAGUGAGGGAGGUAAUCAAAAUAACUUAUGUCCAUCUACAUGAAAUGUUAUUUGUAUAAAAUUUGCACAGCGUUGAGAAGAGUACCUCUGUAUAGCAGUUAAAUAUAAAAUGAAUUAAAAGGUACAAUUUUUAAUUUCA